AGCAAUUUGACAGUCGCUGUUGUUCGAGCGCCACCAGCGAAUCUGCCAUACCCUCCACCUAGCACAGAUUGGAAUGGUCGUACCUAUGACUUGAAUCAGACAGUCGAAGUUGGUGUCGGCUACAUCAAAGAAGCUGCACUCAAAGGUGCAAACUUUGUCGCAUUUCCAGAGCUCUGGUUUCCCGGUUACUAUUUCGGUCCUCAAGAUGGUCCCACCGAGUUCUUCAACCAUUAUCUCGACCAAGGCCUGGUAGUGAACUCAACCAAUUGGAACAAACUGCUUCAAGCAGCAGCAGACAACGGCGUCUGGCUUGAAUUUGGCUUUGCGCAUCUUGAUGGUGACCUUACGUACAUGGGCCAAGCCAUCAUCGACUCCGAUGGACAAGUGGUCCAGAUCCGCCAUAAGCUUCGGCCCUCCGGAGCCGAGCGAACAAUCUUCAGCGAUGGCACCAUGGAUAUGAUCAAGGUGCAUCAGACACCCUGGGGCCGGAUGGGAGCGCUGGAAUGCUGGGAACACAUGUGGCCCAGCAUGACCUUCAGCAUGCACGCUCAAAUCGAGAACUUCCUCAUUGCCGCAUUCCCUUGGGGGCCGGAUCUUGGAGUAGAUAUUGGUCUUGAAAGCGCAGAUGUCAGUCUUGCCAGUGCCCGGAUCUAUGCCGUGACAGGGUCAACGUGGGUGUUCAUGCCCUCUGUCGGAACAGCAGCCAUUACCGCGCCAAAUGGCACGGUGGUCAGGCAGAUCGAGGCGUCCAGCGGGCCAUUGACAGAGCCUAUGAUUUAUUACUCGCUCAAUACGUCGGAGUUUGCUGGAACGCCGGAUUAUGAUCUUAAUGGAGACUUCUCGUGGGCUGCUUUGCAACAGAUCAAUGAAGGGUAUCCGGAGUACAUCCCGAAGGAAGAGGGUAACUUCAUUCCUUACCGCGAGAAUUCAAUUGCUCGCAUGAAGAAGGAGGGGCCGCUACCGCUCAACUACUAG